CUCCAUCCUCAACCACAACAAUCUACAUUCAACACAGCCAAACACCAGCGCAAUCAUGGCGGACGCAGCAGCACCAAGCGCACCCGCUCCUUCCAAGGAGACAGCCGUGAACCUCCAACUUGAUGAGGUCACUGGCGAAAUGAUCUCCAAGUCCGAAUUGAAGAAGCGCCAAAAGAACCGCCAAAGGGAGGAGGAGAAGCGCAAGAAGGAAGCCGCCGCUCCUCCCAAGCCUGUCAUGGUCAAGAAGUCGAAUGCCGAGGCGGACGAGAAGGAGUUGAACCCAAAUGUAAGAAUGCGCCUUCCAUUGGAGCUUAUCGUGACGGAUUGAUACUGAUUGCGGGGUAUAGCAAUAUUUCGAGAUCCGUUCGCGCACCAUCAACAAACUCCGCCAAACCAAGAACCCAAAUCCAUAUCCACACAAGUUCCAUGUAAACUACGAUUUGCGCAAGUUUGUUAAGGAAUACGAGUCUUUGAAGUCAGGAGAACACAAGAAGGAGGUCGAAAUCCGACUUGGAGCCAGAAUCUUCAACAAGCGUGCGUCCGGUAACAAACUUGUAUUCUACGAUGUUCGCACAGAGGGUGUCAAGGUACAAGUUAUGUGCCAGUCACAGGAGGCCAAGGAGGGCGGUGUUCCAUUUGCUGAUCAACACGAGCAUUUGCGACGAGGUGAUAUUAUCGGUAUAGUGGGGUACCCAGGACGAACUGCACCAAAGAACAAAAUCGAGAAGGGAGAGGAGGGAGAACUUUCUAUCUUUGCUACCGAGAUCAUUCUCCUGACUCCAUGUUUGCACCAACUUCCCGACGAGUACUACGGAUUCAAGGACCAGGAGCAGAGACACCGUAAGAGAUAUCUGGAUUUGAUCAUGAACGAUCCUACACGAAAUGUCUUCUUGGCCAGAUCUAAGAUGAUUACCUACAUUCGAAAAUUCUUUGACGAUCAGGACUUUGUCGAGGUUGAGACACCAAUGAUGAACCCAAUUGCUGGAGGAGCUACUGCAAAGCCAUUCAUUACCCACCACAACGAUCUCAACAUGGACAUGUUCAUGCGUGUAGCGCCUGAAUUGUACUUGAAGAUGCUUGUCGUUGGUGGCUUAAACAGAGUAUACGAGAUGGGACGUCAAUUCCGAAACGAAGGUAUUGAUCUCACUCACAACCCCGAAUUCACAACCUGUGAGUUUUACAUGGCAUACGCCGACGUUUACGAUAUCAUGGACAUGACCGAAGCGCUCGUUUCUGGCCUGGUUAAGCACAUCACUGGCGGUACCACAACCAAAUUCCAUACUCAACACGGAGAGGAGUACGAAGUCAACUGGGCCGCCCCUUGGAAGAGAAUUGAGAUGAUUCCCGCUCUCGAGGAGGCAACUGGCGAGAAAUUCCCACCCGGAGACCAACUUCACACCAUGGAGACCAACGAGUUUUUCAAGCGCGUUCUUAAGAAGAUGAAGCUUGAAUGCUCACCACCACUCACAAACGCACGUAUGUUGGACAAAUUGGUCGGCGAAUACCUCGAGGAGACCUGCAUAAACCCCACCUUCAUCACCGGUCACCCUCAAAUGAUGUCCCCCCUUGCCAAAUACCACCGCAGCAACCCAGGUCUCUGUGAGCGUUUCGAGGCUUUCGUCUGCAAGAAGGAGAUCGUCAACGCAUACACCGAGUUGAACGACCCCUUUGACCAACGUCUCCGUUUCGAGGAGCAAGCCAACCAAAAGGAGCAAGGUGAUGACGAGGCACAGAUGAUUGACGAGAAUUUCUGCCAGAGUUUGGAGUUUGGUUUACCACCCACCGGAGGAUGGGGUAUGGGAAUUGAUCGAUUGGUUAUGUUCUUGACCGACAACUACAGCAUCAAGGAGGUGUUGGCCUUCCCAUUCAUGAAGGAGGAUACCCACAAGAAGCCUGUUCUGGCUGCUGAGGAAGUUGGAAUUCAGCCACAAGCUGAAGAAGGGAUCCGUAAGUACUUCUUUUCCUGGAGGCAUUGGUUAAGUCAGUGGAGAUCCUGGCUAACGAGUUGGUUCUAGCUCACAAAUAAGUCAAGAUAUUGUUUGCGCUACUGUAGAUGAUUUCAAUUCUUUAAAAAAUGAAUGAACAAAGUAAAAAUGAAACUUUCAGAUAGUGUACAGAGUAGAGAAUCGUCCUUAUCAUGACUGUGCCUGCUCUAAUUGUAUGGGGGAAUCUAAUAAAACGUCACCCAUGGUUACAUCGCUAAUCAAACACAAUAUAUACAAAACACUCAUCGUUACCGUUCAUGCUCUUCGCUUCAUGCCUUUCGCGAAGGUCCUCGUUUGCUCAUAGAAUUGAGCUGUGGCCUCAAAGCCACAGGCUUGGUACGUUUGGCACCGUGUUCUAUAGCGCGGCAAGUGUGAGUAUUCAAAGCAGUAGUUUUGAGGUUGUUCUGAAUUAAUCGCCACGUUCGGGUAGGUAUCCAUGUUCUGCUACCCAGAACCAAAGCACCAGUCAAAAGGGCUAGACUGCCUGCUUGAUGGGUGGCUGCUAGAUGUGUAGGAACGAGGUAGAUCAACGUGCUGAUUCCAAGUGCUGCUUGCAGAAACACUAGGUGCACAACACCCAACAUUCCUUUUCGGCAAUUGAUGGGUAGAGCCGCCCUGACUCGUGGGUUGAAUCGUGAGUAUGCCCAUAGUGAUAGGAUGGCUGUGAAAGUUGUCGUAGCUAAGAUUCUGUGAUCAAGCUGUACGAGAGACGGGUUCUCUAACAUGUUUCGCCACCAUAUAUCACUGCCAUCUUCCUUUCUUGAGUAGAACUUGUCAAAAAGUUCUGCUUUUGGUGGGGUGAGACCUACGCCCAUGCGUGGAAAUUCGUUGUAUAUCAUUCCGGCAUCAAGACCAGCUACCAACCCACCCGACAUGGCAGUAACGAAGAUGAGAAGUGCAAGGCCCGCGACGGAUUUCCGGAAUAUAGACAGUGUACCUGAUGAGAGGUUUAGUAACUGAGCGUGAGCUCGUUCUGCAUUUGUGAGAAGAGAUCUGGUUCGUAGGAUUGCCAGGCCGUUCCAAAGCAUUGCAGUAUAGCAUAUGAAGGCAGUUCCAAGAUGUGCGGUAAGUCUAUAUUGACUCACUCUUGGGUGUGAGCCGGGCGCAAACAGGUCGUCCUUUAAGCCGGAUUUUACCAUCCACCACCCUAAUGCACCUUGGACACCAAUCAAACCCGAGAUACCGAGGAGACGAAUAGACAUGUUGGCAGAAACCUUUCGUCUUGCAACAAAGUAAAUUGCUGGUAUAACGAACGAGAGCCCUACAAAUCGCCCCCAGAGUCGAUGGCCCCAUUCCAUGAAGUAUAUCUUUUUGAACUCUUCGAGAGUCAUGUGUGGAUUAAGGAGUUUGAAUUCGGGGGAAGCGCGGUAUUUCUCAAACUCGGAAUCCCAGUCUGCUGGAGAGAGGGGCGGUAGAGAACCUGUUACUGGUUUCCAUUCUGUGAUACUGAGACUAUUGUAGUUGUUAGCAACGACAUAACUUUUUCCCAGCAUUGAACAUACCCCGACUCUGUUAAUCGAGUAAGUCCUCCAAAAACCACAAUUCCAAAAACACUAGCUGCGCUCGCCAACAGCCAGUAUGCCACAGGCUUUGCGGUGACAGCUGGGAAGAAUUGCUUUUUGGCUUGUGAUUUUGAGUCACUCAAAAUGGACUGGCUCAGAGCUUUCAGAGGCGAUAUUCUUCGAGAAGCACCCUCUUUCCACUCGGGAAAAGCGGCAGAGCUGCUGUUGAAUCGAAUUGUUCUCGAGAUCUUCGAUGUAAUGGGCAGCCUCAAUCGCCCCAAUGGACUCGCUUGCUUGGUGCAUUGGUGACUUAUGAAGAAAUAGCGAGACAGCCUGGGCGCUGCCCUCCGAAGACGGGGGAGAAGUAAAGACAUUGCAUAAGGAGUUUGCCCUCAU